GGAAGUACAAGUCAGAUUAACUUGUUACAGUGGUGUGAACACAAGACAGAGUUUGUAGAGGAGUUUUCUUUGAUUUCCCCUGUCUGAGGAGAUUACUUCAUCACUCGCGCGCUGGAUUUCAACCACCUAAUCUGAGCACAGAGGGAGGACAGAGCGUUUGAACAGAAGAGAGAGAGUGAACGAGAGAAAAGCCAGACAUGGAGACGUUCAGCUCCAAGGACAUGGCGCUCAAGGUCCAGAAAAAGAUCCUGAGCCAAAUGGCCAGCAAGUCUAUGGCGCAGAUGUUCAUCGAUGAUACAAGUGGCGAGAUUCUAGAUGAGCUUUACCGUGUGUCAAAAGAGUACACUAAGAACCGCUCAGAGGCCCAGAAAGUGGUGAAGGACCUCAUUAAAGUGGUGCUGAAGAUAGGUGUCCUUUUCAGGCACAAUAAAUUCAGUGAGGAAGAGCUAAAGCUGGCCCAGAAUUUCCAAAAGAAAUUGCACCAGGGAGCCAUGACAGCCAUCAGCUUCCACGAGGUAGAUUUCACAUUUGACAAAGCGGUUAUGUCAGAGAUCCUCAAUGAUAGCAGGGACAUGCUUCUGAAGCUUGUAAACACUCACCUCACACCAAAAUCCCACGGACGCAUCAACCACGUCUUCAACCAUUAUGCUGACCCUGAGCUCCUCACCCAGCUUUACAACCCAUCCGGGCCUCUCAAACCCCACCUCACCAAAAUCUGCAACGGGCUUAACAAACUGCUGGAGGACGGGACAUUAUGAGGACGGCGAAGCUCUGAAAGACUUUUAAAGGACUGGAAUGGAGGACCACUCGUUAUCUCAGACUGCAUACAAUGCAACCAAAGACACAGAAAGUGACUGACCGAAAGCAUCGCACUUCAAUUCAACCUUUGAAAUAGUGUUGCUGGGCUGUUAAUGAAUAUUAGAUCAAUCAGUGGCCUGAUAUUGUUAACACAGCCCCUGUUACUCCCAGAGUGAGCUCAGAUCAAAUAUUAAAAUAUCAUCGGAACAAUUUUUUAAAGCUUUGGGACUCCAGCUGCGUUGGAUAGCAGUUUUCUAGACUACUUAUUUUUUAAUAAUGAUGUUUAAACCACUGGGGUUCAGCUACCCUGCUGUAAAUCAGAGCACAUUGUAUUGUUCAGAACUGUUAACAUUUUUGAGCUGAUUAUUUACCUCCCAGGACAACAAAAUAACAAACCAGAAAAACACAAACUCAUUUACUAAAGGCAUUCUUUUUAUACUGCCAUCUAGUGUUACCCUGUGGUUAUGGCUAUGAUACAAAUCUAAGCUUGGCACUACACAGUCAACAACUAUAUUUUGACAUGAACAGCCCUGAGGGGAAUCUGCUGUUCUAAAAGGGAACAACCACUAAAUAAAUAUUUCUUUACA